AGAUUCACUUGUCGAUCGUUUGUUGUUGUCAUCAUCGACGACAGAAAAAUAAAAUAAGAAAAAAACUUGUGAUGUUUUCGAAAAAAUUUGGUUGCCUUUUGGCAAUCGUUUUCAUUGUCGUUGGCAAUGUCUAUGCCCUACUAGAAGUACCAGUGCCAGUUUUUGGUCAAUCAAAUCUUCAACCACCAGAACCAGGACAAAGAAAUUUCAAUGGACAAUCAAAUCCCCAGAACCUGGACGAAGAAAUUUCAACGGAGGAAACAAUUACGGUUCACCAAGUACUGAUGUCGUUCUACCACCGAAUCAAUAUCGAAAACCUGAUGUAGGUUCACCAAGAACUGAUGUAGUUUUGCCCAAUCAAGGAACUUCAUUUGUGGACAGUAUGCAAGGUGAUGAUCCAGUCGCUUUAGCACAGAGCAGUUUCCAACCUCCUGAACCUGGAAGAAGAAAUUUCAAUGGAGGAAACAAUUACGGUUCACCGAGUACUGAUGUCGUUCUACCGCCGAAUCAAUAUCGAAAACCUGAUUUAGGUUCACCAAGAACUGAUGUCGUUCUACCAUCGAAUCAAUAUCGAAAACCUGAUUUAGGUUCACCAAGAACUGAUGUAGUUUUGCCAAAUCAAGGAACUUCAUUUCUGGACAGCAUGCAAGGUGAUGAUCCAGUCGUUUUAGCACAGAGCAGUUUCCAACCUCCUGAACCUGGUCAACGAUAUUUCAGUGGUGGAAAUAAUUAUGGCUCACCAAGAACAGAUAUAGUAGUACCAUCAAACGAUCAGUAUCGUAGACCGGAUCUUAAUUCGCCUAGAACAGAUAUAGUAGUCCCAUCAAACGAUCAAUAUCGAAGGCCAGAUUUGAAUUCACCAAGAAAUGAUUAUGUUGUACCAUCGAAUGAUCAAUACCGGAGACCGGAUUUGAAUUCGCCUAGAACGGAUAUAGUAGUCCCAUCAAACGAUCAGUAUCGUAGACCGGAUUUGAAUUCGCCUAGAACGGAUAUAGUACUCCCAUCAAACGAUCAAUAUCGAAGACCAGAAUUGAAUUCACCAAGAAAUGAUUAUGUUGUACCAUCGAAUGAUCAAUACCGGAGGCCGGAUUUGAAUUCACCAAGAAAUGAUUAUGUCGUACCAUCGAAUGAUCAGUAUCGUAGACCAGAAUUGAAUUCACCAAGAACAGAUGGUAUUUUGCCAUCAAACAAUCAAUAUCGACGACCGGAAUUAGGUUCUCCUCGUACAGACGUAGUUGUACCGUCUAACCAAUAUAACCGUAGAGCUAGAAGCCCUGUAUUAGAUAUGAUGCAAGGUGAUGAUCCAAACCCUAUCGAACCAGGACAAAGCAAUUAUUAUCGUCAAGGAGAUUUCUCAAAACCACUCGAACCAGGACAGCCUAGUUUACGCCCAUAUGGACAAAGCAAUGUGAUCGAUGGCGUUGUAGUAGUACCGCCUGCCCCAAAUAAUCAAAACAAUCCUUUCAACACACCAAGGACCGAUCGAGUUAUACCACCCAACUAUGAUCCUAACUAUGACAGACCAUUCGAUUCACCUUCCACGAAUCCUAUUCUUCCACCAAACAAUCCACGACCAUUCGACUCACCUUCCACGAAUCCUAUUCUUCCACCAAACAAACCACGACCAUUCGAUUCACCUUCAACCGAUCCGAUUCGAGUUGUGUCAUAUCCGGGUGGAUUAAAUAGUCCAUCUACCGAUGUUGUCGUACCAUCGUUAUACCCAACAAAUGGUCCAUCAAAUCCGCCUGAACCAGGACGAACAAAUUAUUUUGAUCAUAAUAGACCACAUUGGUCAUGUGAUAUGACACGUGAAGAUCAAUGUCGAUUAGAGAAUCGAGCAAAUUUUGUUCAAUUCAAACGUGGAAUUGCUUUCAACAGUCCAGCAUUGGUUUUAGAUGUAACCGAAGCCAUUCGUACGCGACAAUCAUUGCCACGAUUAAAUCCAGUUAAAUCAUAUAAUGCCGGUCGUUUAGUUACAAGAGAUUAUUUCCCAGCAAAUAAUCGUGUGGCUUGUCUACAUUUCAGUUAUGCUUGGUCCGGAAAUGAAGACAAACGAAUGCAUCUGAUACAACGUAAUCGUGAGGAUAAAUGCAUUUUCUCAGCACAUACGGGCAGUAUCAAUGAUCGUAAUGGUGAAUGGCGUGAUGUUGAAUUACAAUUGGAUCUAAGUCAAGGAGAUUCGGCAUUUUUGAUUGAAUUUUCAUUCGACAUACCGAACAGAGAAAAUCGAUAUCGACGACAAACACGAAUAUAUCCAAUUGAUCGUAUCAAUGGUGGUGAUUCAAUUAUCGCUGUACGUGAUUUCAAAAUUGGUUACGGUUAUUGUCGAAAUAAUCAAGCAUUUGAAUGUGAUCUUCCGGUUUAAUAACAAUGUCAAAUCUUUAAUAUGGACUCAUAUUAAUCAAUAUGAAAAUUAAUCAAAUUCAAAAUUACUAAUUUCAAUCGGUAAUAAAAAUAAAACAAAACAAGAUGAAAAAUUUUUUUUGCAAAAAAUCUCUUUUCCGAAUAAUCCGAAAUCUAUCCUUGAAUGAAAGAUAAAAUAAACUUAUCGAGAUUUGAUAAA